UUUAGUUUGCUUAGGUCACCAAAUUGACCACACAUGAAUAAAUAACGGUGGUUGGUUGCACUUGCUCAGGAGAGAGAGCGACGAGAUGUGUCAUGUGUGUGGCCUCUCACAGAUCUCUCCAGCUCGUUUCCAUCGAUAUAAAGAAGGCAGCAGUAGCUAGCUGAGGCUCCCAGCAACCCUUCGCACACGCUCUUCCACACGAGAAGUCGACAACGUACAAGCAUCCACCCUGCAACCUCUCUCCCCCUUCCCUUCCCCGUCGUCUCUCUCUCUCUCUCUCUAGCCGGAAGAACAAGAACACACAAGUGAAGCAAAGGGCAGCAUCAUGAUGCACCGGCUUGUCGCCGAAGCUACUAGGAGAAGUAGAGCAGCCCCGGCGACGAUGGCCACCGGCGGGGCGGCGGGCGGCGAGCGGUGGAUGUCGUCGGCGGCGGGCAGCAAAGGAAGGCUAGAAGGGAAGAUCGCGCUGAUCACCGGUGGCGCGAGUGGGCUGGGCAAGGCGGCGGCCCACGAGUUCAUCCAGGAAGGCGCGCAGGCCGUGGUCCUCGCCGACAUCAACUCCAAGCUGGGCCUCCAGACGGCUCACGAGCUGGGCCCAAACGCCCACUUCGUGCACUGCGACGUCGCCGCCGAGGACAGCGUCGCCGCGGCCGUGGACGCCGCCGUGGCGCGGCAUGGCCGGCUGGACGUCAUGCUCAACAGCGCCGGCGUCGUGGGCCCGCUGUCCCCCGGCACGUCGCAGAUCGCCAGCCUCGACUUCGCGCAGUUCGACGCCGUCAUGUCCGUGAAUGUGCGCGGGACGCUGGCGGGGAUCAAGCACGCCGCGCGCGCCAUGCUGCAGGCGCCGGCGCCGGACGCCGGUGCCGGCGCCGGAGGGUCCAUCCUCUGCAUGGCCAGCAUCAGCGGCAUCCUCGGCGGGCUUGGGACGUACCCGUACUCGGUGUCCAAGUUCGCCAUCGCCGGGAUCGUCAAGGCCGCCGCGGCCGAGCUCUCGCGCCACGGCGUCCGCGUCAACUGCAUCUCGCCUUACGCGGUGCCCACGCCGAUGGUGGUGGACCAGUUCUCGGCGAUGCUGGGCGGAGCUGCCGACGAGGCGCAGGUGGCGGCCAUCAUCAGGGGGCUCGGGGAGCUCAAGGGCGCCACCUGCGAGGCGGUGGACAUCGCCAGGGCCGCCGUGUACCUGGCCUCCGACGACGCCAAGUACGUGUCUGGGCACAACCUUGUGGUUGACGGCGGGUUCACGAGCUACAAGCGCAUGAACCUGCCCUUCCCUACAAAGCCACACGAGUGACUUGCCAGGCACAGCUUUGUGGUUCAGGUGUUGCGUGCUUUAUUCCGAUCCAUUCUGCUAGUGUUUAUUUCUUUAUUUUGUACAAAACUGCACCUAACCACGCGAGGAAGAAGAGAAUGUGUGAGUUGUUCUGAUCUUUGUUUACAAGGGUUGUGAGUGACUUUUUAGCCCAUGCAAUGAUCCAAACCUAGUGCAUGGAUUCAGUAGAAAAGAAUGUGCCUUCGCA